CAAACCUUUCUAACAUUAUGUUUUGACAUAUUUGUUAAAAUCUGCGGAAAUAUUUGCUGUCUUCAGUAUCAACGUCUUGAAAGAAAAAGAUCAUAUCUUCUGUAAGGCACCUGCUACUAAAAUAUCCACUUCCGAAAUGGCGUGUUCGUCUGUCGUUGAAGAAGAGAAGAACUGUAAACUAACGUACUUCUUCCGAGAUUUACUGAACAAUAAGAUUAAGUUUCAAAUACCCCCGGAUGAAACAAAAGACAUUGUUCUUGCUGUAGAGACACUAGUACAUGACAUUGUUUUGCGAGUGGCAAAUAAUGUAAAAUGGUUAGGUCCAUAUGACAAACUCCGAAUACUUAAAGUUGGAAGCAUGGCAGAAAGAACGAGCAUAGUUAACCCCGAUGAGUUUGAUUUUCUUAUUGUAACUCAUCAGGAUGGGGUGAAAGUUAAACGCGAUUGCAGCGGAAAAGAAAGAGAAGGAUAUGCACAUGUUAAAGUUUUGGAUCAGCGCCUUCGAUCUCUUUGGGAACCUUUUCUUCUCGGGGACUACCUGAAGGGAUCUUUCAGUCAUGAUUUUUUCGGAAAGAUCACUGAAUUAGUUGGUUUUAUUAGAUCAGUUGGACGGAAAGUGAGAAGAAAAGAUCAACGUUUUCAGAGCAUUUUGGAUCCUUGUAACGACAGUCUGUCAAACGCAUUUAUGUCAGAGGUCGUAAAAGUCAUUCAAAGUUCAGGAGAUAUAAGAUGCAGCAGAAACACGGGUACACUACGGGUCGAUAAGGAUGUUGUUAAUCACGGUCCAGCGUUCAUGCAUACAUUUAUAUGGGAAUCAAAAACCCGGAGAAGGCCGAGACGAUAA